UGAAAAGGAGACUUGGAUGUCAGCUGGAAAGGAGCAGACUGCAUGAAAAGAUGUUCAUCAUGAGAGAGGCUAGAUAUACAACACAAUGGUUGUGGUGGUGAGAGAAUGGUGGUGAGAGAAUGAUCUCUGACAUUCAUUUUGUUAUGAAAACCUGGGUUGCCAGAAUCCUGCUCACUAUCACAGUGAUCGUGGUGCCAGUUGGGUCAUUCCCAGAAAGAGGGCCUGUUCAAAACAACUCUGUACAACAUCUUGUCAAUAAUUCAGCUAGCACAGUAAUGGUGACCAGGACUGCAACUCAGCUGGCAGAAGAAAAAUCCAAUAAAUCUGCGGUGAUUGGUACGUCAGUCACAUUGGUAUAUCCUUGGCAAUGGCAAAGAACGUUGCUAACAGUAUGGAAUGUGAAAUUUAAAAAUGGGACAAAAUGUCAUUUAUCCUACAUGAGUAGCAAAAAUGUAUCUCAUACAAACUGCAGUGAGAAGAACAUCAAUUGGUUAUCUAGACCUGAUCAAGAAUAUGCUCUUCUUAUAAAGCCAUUGAAGAUUUUCAAUGAAGGAACUUACAAGUGUUCUAGUUCAAUCGAUACGGGCACUUUCAGUCAUGAAUAUGCUCUAACCGUGUUAGUGCCUCCUCAGGUGAUCCUGACAUAUGACCAUGAUGGAACUGCUGUGUGUAUGGCUGCUGCAGGAAAACCAGCUGCACAGAUCACAUGGGGCCUGAAAGGGUAUUCUAGCACUGUGAAGAAAACUUUGCCAAAUGGCACAGAGACCACCAUAAGCACAUAUAAUAUCACCAGUUCUCAAGAGUAUAACGUAACUUGCUACAUUUCCCAUCCAGCUUGGAACAAGUCUUGUGUUUUAAGUCUUCAGUCAGGUCAAAAUGGAGAAAAACUGAAGGGUUCUAAAGUGCCAAUUCUGUAUUCCGUCCUUGCUGUUCUCCUGGGAAUUGUUCUGAUUUUUCUUCUCACCUACCUUGGCAGACUGCUCUAUGGAAACAGGCAAAGGGAAGUCGAAACAUCUAAAAGCCCAGAAAGAAAUCCAAGACACAGCAUCCAGGAAAAUGAGAUGGAACCCUAUGCCACCUUUGUACAAAUGGAAAAUGUGAUCUAUGAAACAACAUUUGACGCCUCAGUGGAGAAACAGUUACCACCAGGGCUUUCGCCUUCUCCAUAAGUCUCUAUCUGACUCAAGCUCUGUAUGCAAAGGAGAGAGAAAAAGACACAGCAAAACAAGAAGAAGAAAGGAGGUGUUGCCUUUUUAAAAUGACCUUUCCAAAGAAUACGGGGAAAUGUUUCUGAAUUCUCGUCAUGUGUUCAAUGUCCUAUUCUCUCCAUCACUUGUUAAAAAUGUCUGCCAGCUUUUUUUGUUGCUGGCUAAUUGGAGGCAUCACUUAUCCCGGAGUAUUUCCCCCCAGUUUUCUCCAAAAGAACCACAGGAGCAAAUCAUUCUGCUGGGUUUUUUUCCCAUCUCUUUUCAAUUCUUCCAAGAAACUUGCCUGUGCUUAUAGAUCCAGAGGAGUUAGCCGUGUUAGUCAGUAGUAGCAAAAUCAAAAAGA